AUGAGUCAAGAUUAUUUCUCCAAGAAGGGCAAGGCCCCGAUGGACCAAGAGCUCGACCGAGAUGAUUCCAACACGCCACCCCAGUCGGGUUCGUCAUCGAGCAGACCGCACUACAUGACUGUCGGCUCCGGCUCUACCUCCGUACACGCCGCGCACCUCCAGGAACUUCUCGACAACGAUUCGGGAUAUGGAGGCAGCAUCGCGAACGGCGAGGCUCUGGCUUCCGCCGCUGACCGCCACAUUCCCACUUCUGCCAAUGGGCACCUCUCCGAGGCUGACCGCAAGUCUCAGGCCGGUGCUAUUCACCAGCUGUGGUACAACUCCCACAGAGUGAAGCUGGGCCGCUCGAUCAACCAGGUUAUCGAGCUGCUGAAGGACCUGCAGAAGAUGAAUGUCUCCUGGCCCGCACAUUACCCCUCGGUGCGGGAGGCCGAGGCUGCCGUAUCCUCUCGACCUGGCAUGGGCCACGCGUAUUCGACCGUCGGCGACGUUCAUCCCUCCGCAUCCUCUGUUCCGACAUCUCCGACGUCUCCUCCCCAGAUCCGACGAUCUCUGACCUCGAUCGAAAGUGCCGAGUCGAGCAGGGCCCAGGAAAGACGCCCCGCAGAGGAACCCCGCCUUGUCACGCCCCAAAUCGCUCAAGACUUCUCCGUUCUGAAGCUGGAUCUGAAGCUGGGCUCUCUUCACCAGGCGGAGCUCGUCCACUCGCUGGAGAGAGGCUCCAUCGCAUCACUCCUAGAUGGCAAGAUCAGCUCCAGCAUUCGACACCUCCUCAACUUACGCGAACGAAUCGAAGACACCUCGAGCAAGGUUUUGGUGACGGGUGACCUGAACGCUGGAAAAUCAACAUUCUGCAACGCCCUUUUGAGAAGGAAGAUCCUGCCAGAGGACCAGCAGCCAUGCACCGCCAUCUUUUGCGAGGUUUUGGACGCCAGGGAGAACGGAGGCCUGGAGGAGGUACACGCCGUGCAUAAGGACGCGACCUACGACCGACUGAACGAAAGCACAUACGACGUUUACAAGCUGUCACAGUUGGAAGACAUCGUAAUUGAUAACGACAAGUACACCCAGUGCAAGGUUUACGUUAAGGAUGUCCGAACUAUUGACGAGUCUCUGCUCAACAACGGCGUGGUGGACAUUGCCCUUAUCGACGCCCCGGGUUUGAACUCCGACACUACGAAGACGACGGCCGUGUUUGCGCGACAGGAGGAGAUCGACGUCGUCGUGUUUGUUGUUUCUGCCGCCAACCACUUUACCAUGACUGCCAAGGAGUUCAUCUGGGCCGCUGCCGCUGAGAAGGCCUACCUGUUUAUCGUGGUGAACGGUUACGACAACAUCAGAGACAAGAACAGAUGCCAGAAGAUGAUUCUGGACCAAGUCCAUGGACUUAGCCCGAGAACGCACAAAGAAUCCUCAGAGCUGGUUCAUUUCGUCUCGAGUAAUGCUGUUCCUACCGCUCCCGCGCCCCCUGGUGGACCCUCCGGCGGCGGAAGUGGUAGCUCAAGCGGAGGCGGUGGCGGCGACGACCCUGGAAAUGACCCCAAGGGCAAGGGCAAGGAUAAGGAGAAGAUUCGUGACUUCGAGAACCUCGAGCAAUCUCUGCGCAGAUUCGUCUUGGAGAAGCGUGCCAGGUCGAAGUUGGCGCCGGCCAAGCACUAUCUGUUGAACAUCCUCAAGGACGUCAACGAGCUGGCCAAUGUCAACACAGAGGUGGCCCAGUCUGAGCUUGAUCGUGUCACCAAGGAGCUCAGGGAGAUUGAGCCCCAGCUCGAGUCUAGCAGGAGGGCGAGGGCCCAAGUCAGCGAUGAUGUCAACAAGAUCACCGAGGAUACCUGCAAGGAGGUCUAUGACUACACAAGGCUGACGCUCAACUCUGCUAUCGAACAUGCUGGAGACAACAACCACGGUGUACCGUACCGCGGAAUCUUCAGCGCCUUCGACUACGCGGAGGAGCUCAAGGAGGCCAUGAUGUCCUACAUCCUGGACUCCGUCGCCCACUGCGAGGAGCACGCCAAGUCGAAGACUGUCGGCGGCGUCAACGCUAUCAAGCAACUUGGUAUCCUUCACUUGGGUAAUGACUACCAGAACUUGACUUUCCGCCCCGACGUUAUGUUCAAGAAGAAGAAGGAUUCGAUGGCCCGCCGUGUCGACAUUCCCACGGAGUUCUGGGAUUUCGUCGACUGGAACACCAUCAUCCAGAAGCAAGAGAAGGUCGCAGGAACCGGUAUGGCGCUCACCGUUGCCGGAGCUUUGGUCCCUCGUAUGAUCGGAGGUAGCGGAUGGCUUGACCAUGCGUUGAGUGCAGCCAAGAUUCUAGGCAACGACAACUUGCGCCGGCUCAUCAUUCCGGGCAUCGUCGCAGCAGCCUUCGCGGCCGCAGCCUACAUUCUCAACCAGAUCCCCAACUCCCUCCCGCACCGCCUGUCGGCCAAGAUUGCCGCUCAGUUGGAGGCCAUCGACUACGUCCACGGCAACUCGACGCGCAUCUCCUCGUCGGUCCGCAAGGUUCUCUCCAUCCCAGCGGACAACCUCCGCGUCGGUCUCGAGCAGUCCGUCAAGGACCUCAGCCAGCGUCGCGAGGAGACGCUCAAGGUUAAGCAGGAAAGCGAGGUGGCGCUCAAGUACUUUGGCAACCUCGUCCGCAACAGCGCGCAGCAGAGGUCCGUUGUUGACAGCGUCGACCUCGAGGCUCCUCCCCCGGGAGCGGUGGCGGCCGGCCUUCAUUGA